AUGACAAAUGAGUCAAAGAAUCACGCCCUCGUCUUUGGCGCCUCUGGGGUCGCAGGCUGGGGACUCGUCAAUGAGCUUCUCAAGAACUAUCCCAAUGAGGGGUCGUUUUUCAAAGUGACAGCAGUCAUCAACAGGCAUCUCAAUUUCGAGGACACAUACUGGCCACCACCUUCGUCAAAUAGACCAAAAUUUCAAUUGGUGUCUGGUGUGAAUCUGCUUAGAGGAACGGAUGAGGAGUUUACUGAAAAAUUGAGAGGGAAGGUCGAGGAUAUGGAGACGGUCACGCACGCUUUUUACUUCGGUAUCUUGAUUCUCCGCAUAUACACUAUGGCUGUUAUUGAUAUAUUUGAUAGCUUACAAACAAGAGAACGACCAAGCAACAGAAGUAGCAGCAAAUCUUGGCAUGCUUUCGCGAGUGACAGGAGCAUUGAAUAUUCUCUCCCCAAAUUUGAAAUUUCUCGUUUUUCCAAGCGGAACAAAGGUUAA